GAAAAAAAAAAAAACAGAGAAGCGAGAAAGAGAAGAACAGAGGAUGAGAGAGACAGAGAUCUGUUUUCUUACUAGCCUUAGUUGUUGCUCACUAUUUUGACGGAAUAUCCAAUCCAUUACCCACCAGCUACACCAGAGCGCAGCAAAGAUAAUAGCUGAAGGAAAAUACCGGACUGGGUCUGGUUGGCUUUUCGGCUUUUCACUUAUCUGUUCAGAUAAUUUCAUGACUCGUCGCAAAGCCGAAACCAGAGAAAACAGAGCCUGAAAACGGGAGAGAAGAAAAUGGGCAUUUUGUAUGAGGAUGUGGUGGUCAUUAAUCACGCAGAGAAGGCGGAAGAUUCCACGGUGAUCACUGUUAAUUGCCCUGACAAAACCGGGUUGGGUUGUGAUUUGACCAGGGUGAUUUUGCUGUUUGGUUUGAGCAUCUGCAGAGGAGAUUUUUCAACGGAUGGAAAAUGGUGUUACAUAGUCUUAUGGGUGAUUGGAAAACCAAAUACAAGGUGGAAUUUGUUGAAGAAGAGGUUGUUGGAGGUGUGCCCAUCAUAUUUUUCUACAUCACGAAUCUACUAUUACCGGCCGGAAAACCAGCAGCCGAAGCCGCCAGAUGUUUUCUAUUUGCAGUUCUGGUGUUCUCACUACAGGAAAGGCUUAUUACAUGAUGUGACUGAAGUUCUUUGUGAGCUAGAGCUUACAAUAAAGAGAGUAAAGGUAUCUACUGCUCCAGAUGGGAGAGUUAUGGAUCUCUUUUUCGUAACUGAUACCAGGGAACAACUUCACACAAAAAAGAGACAGGAGGAAACAGUUCUUCACUUAAGAAAUAAGUUAGGGGAUAUCUUGAUAAGUUGUGAGAUUGAAUUGGCUGGCCCAGAAGUUACUGCAUGUUCACAAGGGACCGCAUUUCUUCCUCCGGCAAUCCCAGAAGGCAUGUUCAAUUUAGAGUUACCCCGCGGACAUCCAAGUGGAGUUCUUCCUUUCAAUCCCAUAUCGAUAACAGUGGACAAUGCCCUUAGCCCCUCGCAUACACUCAUUCAAAUCCUCUGUCAGGAUCACAAAGGUCUCAUUUAUGACAUCAUGAGAACCCUAAAGGAUUAUGGCAUACAGAUUUCUUAUGGACGAUUCUUUGCAAACCCCAAAGGAAACUGUGAGCUGGACUUGUUCAUUAUGCAAGCAGAUGGGAAGAAGAUUGUAGACCCUAACAAGCAAACUGCAUUGUGCUCUCGACUUAAGAUGGAGCUUUGGCGUCCUAUUAGAGUAGCCGUGGUGAGCCGGGGCCCUGAUACUGAGCUACUUGUGGCAAAUCCAGUUGAAUUGUCUGGCAGAGGUCGUCCUCUUGUUUUUUACGAUAUCACCCUUGCUCUCAAGAAUCUCACCACCCGUAUCUUUUCGGUGGAGAUUGGAAGACAUUUGAUCAAUGACAGAGAAUGGGAGGUCUAUAGAAUCCUACUGGAUGAAGCAGACAGUAAUCCAGUUCCAAGGAGCAAGAUUGAAGAGGGUGUUAGGAAGAUAUUGAUGGGUUGGAAAUAGAUUUAUAUAUUAAACUUGCUGGCCUUUUCGUGAAUUUAGAAAUCAAUAUACAGUGUUUUCCUUUUCCUGCUUGGUCUAGAGAGCUAACUAGAUGCAGUGCAUGUAAAUCAGAAAAUGUUUGAUCAGAAAUGAGAAGCUGUUUCUGCUUGUCCAUCUGCAGUAUUAGUGAUGAUAUCCAGAUCUCUCUGUCUUAGCCCUUGGAGAA